AUUCCCGCGAAAACAGUGCGGCAUGUGCGGUGUAGUGUUACAGUUCAGCGUUAGUUUCCGGGUCUGAGACAAUGGACGGAGAACUGUUCCGCAAAGUGGCGUCUAAACUGGGAAUAACAUCUCCUAAAGUGCUGAGCCAGGCGGAGGAGUACAUGCGGUUGUCCCAGGUGAAGUGCACAGCUCUGGGAGGAUCUACAGCCAGCAGUAAGGCUGUCAUCUGCCUGGAGUUAGCAGCCACAGCCAUGAAGCUUCCUCUAGAUAAGGAGUUCGUCGUCAAGCUCUCGGGGUUGAGUAAGAAGGCGUAUCAGAGCAGUCUGAAGGCCAUGGAGUGUAUGCUGGGGCUGCAGAGUAACCUGGGGCUUAGGGAUCUGGCGGUGCAGUACGGCUGCAUGGAGGCGGUCAAGGCGGCGUCUCAGAUCCUUCAACGGUACGAGGCGAGUUUACCUGCAGCGCAGCAAGAAGAUCUGGAUCUGUCCAAACCUCUGUUCACUACAGCCGCUCUGUUCACCGCCUGCAAGUGCAUGAAAAUCAGAGUUGAUAAGAAGCUGGCGUCGUCCUCGGGAACGAAGAAGGCGGUGUUCGACAGGCUGUGUGCUCAGCUUCUCAAGAUCGGCCAAGACAUCUGCAGUGAUGUUUCUUCUCAGAAGCCACAGAUGAAAUCAACACAGAAGAGACAGAAGACUCUGACGGAGACGCUGCAGGACGUAGAGGAAGAUGAUGGCUUGCCAACGUCUCCUAAGCAACAGCGGGAACCGGCACUAAGGGAAGACGAGUGUGAGGAAGAAACAAAACAGAAUUACGAGGAGUGGAAGAGAAAGAUUCUGGAAAACGCUCUGAAAACCAAAGCAGCGGACUGAGAGCUGCACCUGUUCCCCCUUUUUUUUAUCAUUUAUUAUCAUUAUUUAUGUCAUGUUUUUAGUUUUCUUUCACAUUGACCCUUCCUUUUAUUUGAAGUUGCUUUCAUUUCCCCACACGUGUGUGUGUGUACAGAUAUUCCCUCUCCUGUAUUAUUCCACGUGAUUGAUGUUUAGAGCCGCGCGUGCGUGCGCUGGUUUAUAAUCCUCUGUCUGCGCCGCUUAAUGUUCAUUCAUUGUUCAUCUGCUGUUUAAUCAACUCCUUCAUUACAUCAAACGUCUCGUGCGACAGUGUGAAGAGCUUUGUGUAAGCGUUUAUAGUCGUGUGUGUGUGUGUGUGUGUGUGUCCUGCAGCAUGAUGUUCAACACAUCCUGUAGCGCACUGCUGGGGUUUUUAAUAAAACUAAAUGAUCAAACGAUUGUGUGUGUGUGUCCAGGAGCGGAACUUCCAAAUUCUGCCUUCUGAUUGGUCAUAAGAAUGUGUAUGAUCUGAUCUGUUACUGUUGCCAUAGUAACUGGUUAUUUACAGAAGGGUUGCUCGAUGCAAACUAAUUAGAGGGAAGGAGUCUCCAGUGUCAAUGUUUCAUAACAGCUUUUAUUCUGCUUAUUG